AUGGGCCAGUACUGGAAACUUGUUAAUAUCGACAGACAGGAGGAACUCCUCAACAAUGGUGGUGGACGUAAGUUGGUUGAAAUACUAGGGGGCGGGUCGCUGGAGCAGUUGGUUGAGCUCAUACGAAAUCCGAAAUGGAUUCCUUUCAGAAGCUCCAUAAGCCAUCUUCAUGCGUCCAAAUCGAACAGCACCGGGUCUUCACUACUCGGACUUCCACAGGAGGUCAUCGACAUGAUCGUCUCCAACCUGUCCGCAGGCUCGCCUGAAAGCGCAAUCCACCUUUCAUUGACAUGUGUCUAUUUCUUUCGACUCCUUGGCCCAGUCAUCCAGAGCAUCUUGGCAGAGGACACCGCACCGUGGGCAGGCGACCGCCUGAUAUUUGUUGGCGAUUAUGCUGAUGGCCUCAACAUUGAAGGCAUCUGCACGAGCGAAGAGAUUCAUCAAUUCGAGGAAAACAAGGAGGAAUACGACAACAAUCCGCUGUACUAUUUGGCUAAAGACAGGGUUAUGUGUACAAUGGACGAAUGCGUCAAGGACGAAAUCGACCCUGACGAUGAUUUGCGCCAGGCGGGGACUUUGGAGCAGCGCGUUAGAGAAAGGCUUAAGCGUGAGGACUUACAGCUGUUUCACCGGCUCGCGGCUAUUGCAAAGAGAAAACAGCUGAGUGCCAACCACUACAAGAACGCCCCGGUCCUUCGGAUCCUCACUGCCAAAAAGUACGUCCGUGACGACGCUAUCGCCCAGUCGGACUACGCCUACAGCCUGGGGGAGGUUGUCGCCGUCUUGACACAGUGGACGGGAGAUGCUUCGGGCACGAUGGAUCUGGACCGUGUCGGCGAAUGGGCAGGCCAGCGCUUCGACAUUGCGACCAUUGCGGAUGUUUCGGAGGAGUGGACUGACAUCAGCCACGUGGCAGUCGAGAACUUGAGGAAAGGGUUAAGUGACUGGGAAAAGAAGGAUGGCAAACGGGCUUGA